AUGAGCGACCCGGUGAUGGCGGCCGAUGGGCACGCGUAUGAGCGGUGUGCGAUCGAGCGCUGGCUCGCGACCAAGUCGACGAGCCCGAUGACGGGCGGCGAGCUCGAGAACACUAGCCUCUUCCCGCACCACAUGCUGCGCCGGAUGAUCCGGGACUGGGACGGGGCGCGGAAGGCAGCUUGUGACGCGGGAGCGACGUACGAGGCUCUCACGUAG